AUGUAUAAGUUGGUGUUGAUAGUCGGUAUUCAACUGAUGCUACAGGAACAGUUUCCUGCUCGCGAGGUCAGCGCACACUGUCUCUAUUAUGGCCAGAAGAGAGAUUUUAGAAUUGCAAAAGGUUCCUUUGGAAACCAUAAUCUGAAAAGCUAUUUCUGCUUUGCAGAAUUAUGUAGAGGUAACCAUGGGAAGAGAGCUUCCCAGAUGGCUCACUGGCCAACUGAGUGUCUCCAUCUCGUGUCCUCUCUGCACACUGAAGCUUGGAGAGCACACCCUCUGCCCCAAAGAGGACAUCUGUGUCUGGCACCAUCUUCUUCCCCGCUGCCUUCCUUGGCUCACCGAAAGGAGCCUCACCCCUUCGGCAGCCGGUACGAGCAACAGCAGGGUGGUUACCCUCCUGGUUACAGCUCUGGCCGCGGGACGGGUGGAAAUGGACCCAACCUUUAUUCUGCAUGUGAGACCUCCGGACACCCCUCUGAGACUUCGCUUCCACCCAAGGAAACCACAUCUGUAGCUGAAAACCAAGAUGAAGAUUCACUAGAAGAUCCAAAUCUCCACUUGAAUAUUGAGGAACUCAACAAAGAAUUUAUGGUGAAAAGUGAAGAGCUCUACCAAUCUCUCAUGAAUUGCCACUGGCAGCCUCUCGAUACAGUGCACUCAGAAAUCCCAGACAAGACCCUCCAAGAGCAAGAUGCUCAUUAAGCUACCCAACUACCAUAUUUAUUGUGUCUUGUUUUGUUUUUGUUUAAAAAGUUCUCCCAGGAAGGCACUGGAUUGUGUGUAUAAAUACAGAUUCUUGAGAGAAUGUAGUGUAAAUAAACGUUAC